AUUGGAGUUGUUUGCAAUCAUGAAAUCUUCCCUUGCAUUCUUCGCUUUACUUUGCCUUGUUUUGUUUGCAGAAACUAUUGAUGCAAGAAAAGCACCGGAAGAAGAGAGUAAUGACGAAAUGAAGGAGAAGACCAUGCCCGAAGCUGCUAAGUCAUUCCUCAAGGAUUUCGACCCCAACCGUCCUCAGUACAAUUACUUGUCUCAGGAGGCCAUGAAGAACGCUUUUCUCAAGGACUUCGACCCCAACCGUCCUCAGUACAAUUACUUGUCUCAGGAGGCCAUGAAGAACGCUUUCCUCAAGGAUUUCGACCCCAACCGUCCUCAGUACAAUUACUUGUCUCAGGAGGCCAUGAAGAACGCUUUCCUCAAGGAUUUUGACCCCAACCGUCCCCAGUACAAUUACCUGUCUCAGGAGGCCAUGAAAAACGCUUUCCUUAAGGACUUUGACCCCAACCGUCCCCAGUACAAUUACCUGUCCCAGGAGGCCAUGAAGAACUCUUUUCUCAAGGACUUCGACCCCAACCGUCCCCAGUACAAUUACCUGUCCCAGGAGGCCAUGAAGAACUCUUUUCUCAAGGACUUCGACCCCAACCGUCCCCAGUACAAUUACCUGUCCCAGGAGGCCAUGAAGAACUCUUUUCUCAAGGACUUCGACCCCAACCGUCCCCAGUACAAUUACCUGUCCCAGGAGGCCAUGAAGAACUCUUUUCUCAAGGACUUUGACGCCAACCGUCCCCAGUACAAUUACCUGUCCCAGGAAGCCAUGAAGAACUCUUUUCUCAAGGACUUUGACGCCAACCGUCCCCAGUACAAUUACCUGUCCCAGGAAGCCAUGAAGAACUCUUUUCUCAAGGACUUUGACGCCAACCGUCCUCAGUACAAUUACUUGUCCCAGGAGGCCAUGAAAAACGCUUUUCUCAAUGAUUUCAACCCCAACCGUCCUCAAUACAAUUAUCUAUCCCAAGAGGCCAUGAACUCUUUGAAGAAAAAAGACGAGUCUCAAGAUGCCAAAAACAAAGACGAUAAGCCUCAAGAAACUAAAACAUCUUUUGUCAUGGAUUUGGCCAAAACCAUAAUCUAAAAGGACAUGCUCAAGUAGCUGCUUUGUCGGACGUUAACAUGUAGAUUCAGCUUCAAGAAGCUUUUGUUCGUUAGAAUAAAAGAUAUCAUUAGAUAUCAAUGAAUAAAGUAGCGAGCUUUGUAAGUUGAAUCUUGUGUAUUUUAAUGAACUAGUUUGUGAUA